AUGGCGUUAGUUACACUAGCCAUGUUGGUUCCAGCAAGAUGUGGGGUGACAGUCCGAGAUAGUCUAAAGAAAGCUCUGAUGAUGAGAGGUCUUAUUCCAGAAUGCUGUGCUGUUUACAGGAUACAAGAUGGAGAGAAGAAGCCAAUUGGCUGGGACACUGACAUUUCCUGGCUCACAGGAGAGGAGUUGCACGUGGAAGUCUUGGAGAAUGUGCCGCUCACAACACACAAUUUUGUACGAAAGACAUUCUUCACGUUAGCGUUCUGCGACUUCUGUCGAAAGCUGCUUUUCCAGGGAUUCCGGUGCCAGACAUGUGGCUACAAAUUUCACCAGCGCUGUAGUACAGAAGUGCCACUGAUGUGCGUUAAUUAUGACCAACUUGAUUUGCUGUUUGUCUCCAAGUUCUUUGAACAUCACCCCAUACCACAGGAGGAGGCCUCCUUAGGAGACACCACCCCAGCAUCUGGAUCGUACCCCUCAGUGCCCUCUUCAGAUUCUGUUGGACCACCAAUUCUCCCUAGUCCUUCUCCUUCAAAAUCCAUUCCAAUCCCACAGCCCCUCCGACCAGCAGAUGAAGACCAUCGGAAUCAAUUUGGGCAACGUGACCGAUCCUCUUCAGCUCCCAACGUUCACAUCAAUACAAUUGAGCCAGUCAAUAUUGAUGACUUGAUUAGAGACCAGGGUUUACGAGGAGAGGGAGCCCCUUUGAACCAGCUGAUGCGCUGUCUUCGGAAAUACCAAUCCCGGACUCCCAGUCCCCUCCUUCAUUCUGUCCCCAGUGAAAUAGUGUUUGAUUUUGAGCCUGGCCCAGUGUUCAGAGGUUCAACUGCAGGUUUGUCUGCAACACCUCCUGCCUCAUUGCCUGGGUCACUCACCAAUGUGAAAGCGUUACAGAAAUCACCAGGACCCCAACGGGAAAGGAAAUCAUCCUCAUCCUCAGAAGACAGAAAUAGAAUGAAAACCCUUGGUCGGCGGGAUUCCAGUGAUGAUUGGGAAAUACCAGAUGGACAGAUCACUGUUGGACAAAGGAUAGGAUCUGGAUCAUUUGGAACAGUCUACAAAGGAAAGUGGCAUGGUGAUGUGGCAGUGAAAAUGUUGAAUGUUACGGCACCCACACCUCAACAGUUACAGGCGUUCAAAAAUGAAGUAGGAGUGCUCAGGAAAACACGACAUGUGAAUAUCCUGCUUUUCAUGGGUUAUUCAACAAAACCCCAGUUGGCUAUUGUUACACAAUGGUGUGAGGGGUCUAGCUUAUAUCAUCAUCUACACAUCAUUGAGACCAAAUUUGAAAUGAUCAAACUAAUUGAUAUUGCACGACAGACUGCACAAGGCAUGGAUUAUUUGCAUGCCAAGUCAAUCAUCCACAGAGACCUCAAGAGUAAUAAUAUUUUUCUUCAUGAAGACCUCACAGUAAAAAUAGGUGACUUUGGUCUAGCUACAGUGAAAUCGCGAUGGAGCGGAUCCCAUCAGUUGGAACAGCUGUCUGGAUCUAUUCUAUGGAUGGCACCAGAAGUUAUUAGGAUGCAAGAUAAAAACCCAUAUAGCUUUCAGUCGGAUGUGUAUGCGUUUGGGAUUGUUCUUUAUGAAUUGAUGACUGGGCAGUUACCAUACUCAAACAUCAACAACAGGGACCAGAUAAUUUUUAUGGUGGGACGAGGAUACCUGUCUCCAGACCUCAGCAAAGUACGGAGCAACUGUCCAAAAGCUAUGAAGAGGCUAAUGGCAGAAUGCUUAAAAAAGAAAAGAGAUGAGAGACCCCUUUUUCCACAGAUUCUUGCCUCCAUUGAGCUUCUGGCCCGGUCAUUGCCAAAAAUUCACCGCAGUGCAUCUGAGCCCUCAUUAAACCGGGCUGGCUUCCAGACAGAGGAUUUUAGUCUAUAUGCUUGUGCUUCUCCGAAAACACCCAUCCAAGCAGGGGGAUAUGGAGAAUUUGCAGCGUUCAAGUAGCCACAGCACCAUGGCAGCACCCACUCUGUUAUUUCAGUCUUGUGUUCCUACAGUUUCUUAACAUCAAAACUCUGUUCUGCUCCGCAAAACCUAAAGUAAUUUAGAAAAGAUAUCCAUAAGCUUAAAAGUGGAGCAGAAUGGAACUGCCAGUCCAACACAAUGGGAAAAAGUACCUUUUGGGAACCAGAAUCCUCUGCUGCCAGUGUUUCUCCUUCAACACAAACCACCACGUGCAUUCGGAGACCCGCAGUGGCUGCCUGUGCCGUUGGCAUCAUUCCCAGGAGAGAGGAGAGGGCGCUCGUGGUUUGACUGUGGUGCUCGGGCAUGAGGGGAUGGAACUGCUGCUGCAACUUAGGAGACUUGCUUUGGAUGGUCUGCCAGCCGGUCGGCUUUCUCCCUCUAACAAUGUUCCGUCAGAGGCUGAAUGUCUGAUGAGUGCUAAUUUAAAAGAAUCUUCCUCUGUUCUGAUCUCUUUUUUUUAUUAUUUUUUUCCUGGUGUACUUACUGAUUUAUGGACAACGCAGUAUCCCCUUUUCGCUGUGUUACAAUAUCAGACACCUCAAUCUGUCUAUGUUAUUGGGUUUUAUUCCAGUAAAAUUAAAAGUAUGGGGUGAUGGGAGCUGGAGAAGAUGCUACUCUAAAAGCAAAGAGGUUGAUCUGAAGGAAAAGGGGAUGCUGCUGCACCUUUUUUCAGAUUUACUUUAUCACUUCUUCACAAAACAAACAACAACCACCAACCUUAACCUUUUCUUUUUCCAGUAUUUUCUUGGUGUGUGCAUAUACAAC